GUAAAGAUGGCCGGUAAGGGAACGUUUUUGGGUUCGAACUCAAGUUUUUCUCCAGAUGGAAAGACUCAAGGAUUUAAGUCCGCAUCAGCAGACACCUCAAGGUUUGUCUCUCUGUCAAAGCCGCAGCAUGAGCUCGACGGAUCGGCGCAGGCGCAGAUCAGCCGCUGCUUUAAUAAACUCAGGUCUCUGAGCCCGUCUGACAGCGCCAGUCUGAAAACUGAGCUCAAUUUAAUGUUCGACGAGCUCAUUUCAGAAAACUACAGCAGCAGCAACCAUGACAACAUCCACCCAGAGGUUGUGUGUGAGAUUCUGGUGCAAGCAAGUCGUCUGGUUCCUCUAAGUCAAGAACAUCUCAUCAUCAAACUCUGCCAAAUGAUUCAUCAACUUCUAAACCAGCUACAGAUAAUAGUGGAUGAACAUACGCUUGAUGUUUUGGUAUCGUACUGCUCGCGGGCUCUGCGGACAUGCAGUUCAUGGACUCAUUCAGAGGUGCUGCUUGCUCUUUCGUCACUGGUGUAUGGCAAUGGAUCCAAAUGCCAAAGGUAUCUUCCAGAACUUCUUGGACCAAGUGGGGUUCUGGUUAAGUAUGGUGACCCCAAGCAGCCAGACAUAGAGUUGCGGCGUUCAGCUGUGCAUUGCAUUGCUAAUCUGUGUCUCAGUGUUCCUUCUCAGCCAUAUUUAGAAGAGCCGUAUAAAAGUGUGUGUUACGGAAUCCUCCUGCGGACACUACAGUCCACCAAGCCUCCAGAUGUGGACGACAUUGUCUUCUGUACGUUAUUGCAGAGUGCCCUGAAGGGGAUGCAGUAUUUUCUCAAUGGGGGGAAAUGGAAGGCCGUUCCAAACCAGGAUCUGGGUGCUUUAUUGGCUGUGCUCAAAAGAUUCAUGUUCUACGGUUUGCCAGGAAUAAGUGUGGAAAUGCCGCAGGUAUUGUACCCUGCUCCUCUCCCUCAGUACGAGACCAUUCCUGCUGUAAAACCUGAACCUGCACAAGACACACCUGCACAGAAAAAGACUGCUGCGUCUCAGCAGAAGAAGCGAAAGUCUCGGGGGAAAGGGAAGAAAGGUGGAGGUGAAGGCAAGCAAGAUGGAGAAGCUGAUGAUGUGUCUGCUGCUGGUGGAGGAGAUCAGAGCGGUUGGUCUCAUGGCUCUCAGUCCUCCAUGUUAACUUCACCAUCAGUGGCGACGCCGCAGCUUUACCCAUCCUGGAAGAAAUGCAGCUCGGACUCGGAGUUCUCUGAUCCGGAGGGAGGAAUGCAGUCUAAACUCAGGUUGUAUCAAGCUCGUGUGCGUCAGAGUUCACUUCAGUGUUUCCUGGCUGUGGUCAAGUGUGUGGAGAAGCGAAUCCUCUAUGGUUACUGGUCUUCGUUUGUUCCCGACGCUCCUGGGAUUGGAGGUCCUCCUCCUCUCACUCUUCUCACCAUCGCCCUGAAAGACCCAUCGCCAAAAGUGCGGGCAGGUUCUCUGCAGGUGCUGUCUGCUCUUCUGGAAGGCUCACGUCAGUUCCUGUCCACCGCUGAAGACACUGGUGCCCCCCGUCAGGCCUUCACCCCCUUCUCAGCCACAUUAGCUGCUAGCAUCAGAGAGCUACACCGCGGCCUGCUGCUAGCGCUCAUAGCAGAGUCCUCCUGCCAGACCCUCACACAGGUCUUAAAGUGCCUUGCCCACCUAGUCUCCAAUGUGCCCUAUAAUCGUCUCAGACCAGGCCUACUGAGCCCACUGUGGAAACAGAUCCGUCCAUAUGUCCGACACAGAGAUGUGAAUGUCCGUGUGUCCAGUCUCACCCUCUUCGGUGCAUUAGUCUCAACACAAGCGCCUCUUCCAGAGGUCCAGCUUCUCCUCCAGCAGCCCGGCUCCGCGUCCAGCCUGGGCUCUGGCAUCAGCACGCCGCAGGAGUCUCCUCUUAGCUGGAGACAGCCUGCACGGAGAGAUGAAGAGGCCUCUUCUCCUGCAGCAGCGGAGGGUCCGGAGGGGCCGUGCUGGCUCCUUCAGCUGUGUGUGAGUCUGGUCACUCAGCCUCGCGAGGAGCCGUACUCUGACAGUGAUGCUGGAGGGUCUAACGGAGCACCGCUCGAACCCUCACCCGUCCGACUCGAAGCCCUGCAGGUUUUGGCUCACCUAGUGAAGGGCUACUUCUCAUUUGCUCAGGCGUCUCUUUUGGAGUUAGGGCAACUCAGUGCUCGCUGUCUCACAGAGCAAGACCCGUCUGUGCAGCUUCAUGGAGCUAAACUUUUAGAAGAACUGGGAACUGGGAUUAUCCAGCAGUACAGAGCAGAUGCCAACACUCCACAAAGUGCCAAACGUGUGCCAGUGAACCAGGUGGUUCAGUUCUGGUCAGAGGUUUUAGGUGGUCCACUCAUCAGUGCCUUACAGAAUGAACAUCAUCCGACCCUUCAGACCAGCGCGUGCGACACCCUCUCCUCCAUCCUGCCACAGGCCUUCAGUCAGCUGCCCGAUAAGACUCAAGUGCUGUGCAUCACGAUCCUGCUGGGACUGACGUACAGUGAGAACUCUCUGGUGAAGGCAGCAGCAGUCAGAGCUCUGGGGGUCUAUAUACUAUUCCCCUGCCUGAGAGAGGAUGUGAUGUUUGUGGCGGAUACUGCUAAUGCUAUCCUCACCGCUCUGGAUGACCGUUCACCCAACGUCCGGGCAAAAGCAGCCUGGUCUCUGGGAAACCUCACGGACACACUCAUCGUCAACAUGCAGUCUGUAGGUUUGGAGUUUCAGGAAGAUUUCUCUGAUAUGCUGCUGCUGAACAUGCUCAGAUCUGCUACUAAAGCGUCAGCGGAUAAAGACAGGGUGAAGAGCAAUGCUGUGCGGGCGCUGGGGAAUCUGCUUCACUUCCUGCAGCCGGGCCACCUGGGAAAACCAGUGUUUGAGCAGCCUCUGCUGGAGGCCAUGAGGGCUCUGAUAGACACAGUCAGAGGAGACGCCACCAUGAAAGUGCGCUGGAAUGCCUGCUACGCAUUGGGCAAUGCCUUCAGAAACCAGCACCUGCCUCUGGGUUCUGCUGUGUGGUCUACGGAGGCUUUCUCUGCCCUGUCCUGUGUAGUAACUUCCUGCAAGAACUUCAAGGUGCGCAUCAAAUCUGCAGCUGCUCUUUCUGUUCCCGCGACACGAGAGUGUUACGGAGACUCUCAGCAGUUCUCAGAGGUGUGGAGAUCCUUAGCUCAGGCUCUGGAACACAGCGAGGAAACCGAGGACUUCCUGGAAUACCGAUACUGUGCCAGCUUACGCUCACAGCUGUGCCGCGCUCUCCUGCACCUGCUGUCCCUGUGCCAGCCUGAUGACCUUCCAGCGCUCGGGUCUUCAGUAAGUGGGCAGUCCAGGCCGGCGCUGCAGGCUCUCCUGAUCAGCCACCUCAGGGACGAGGGUUUAGUUCCGUCUGCUGGAGCAGAUGGAGAAGAGGCUCUGGAUCACAGCACACCUGAAGAUGGCUGGACGCUGCUCACAGACACACUGACCAGACUGAAGGGGCUGCUGGGAGAGCCUGUAAUGGACAGCAACGAGGAUCUGGAGUCUGUGCUGAGUUUCCUUCAGGAUGUGGUGAGGAACUUUGAGGGGAUGAAGGAAGCGGAGAGUAAAGAGUCCUCUCUUGUGCUCGGCAAAUCAUGAAAAUCAAAGAGUGCAUUAAUAAAGAUGGCACCACUGCCUUUUUUUAGAUUUUA